AUGUUAUGGCGGCGGCCACGGCGGCAAAAUUGCCGUAGAGGGCGACAGCUGGAGGGAGAGAUAAGGGGAGACGUGGGCAACGGUCGGAUUCUGGUAAAGGUGCUAACUGUGCUUCUCUUGACGGUGGAGCCUGGCCGGGCCAUAAGUUGCGGACAAGUUGACUCAGCUCUCGCUCACUGCUUGGAGUUUCUCACUGGCGGACCAGGCCCCUCACCGGUCUGCUGCGACGGUGUCAUGAAUCUGAAAGCAAUGACUCCAACCAUCGGUGAUAGACGAGCAGCCUGUGAGUGUAUGAAAGAGGCUGCCGGUCACUAUGCCAGCCUCAAGUCGGACAAGGCCAGCCAACUUCCACAAGCUUGUGGCGUUCAGAUCGGCGUUCCCAUCACCAAGGACGUCGAUUGUAGCACGUGA